AUGAAUCAAUAUUCGGAAAAGUCUCUGAAGGCAAUCGACAAAUUAGAUCAAUUUUAUUCGUUUUAUGGAUCAAAUUCAUUUUAACCUGAAAUGCAAAGCAUGUAUAAAUUUUUUUGGAAUAACUUAGGAAUUCAUCCUAAAUUGAUUUUCAAGAUCUAUUAAAGAUACUUUAAGGAGAUAAAGAAUUUUAGGAGUUCAAUUUAGAAGAAUAAUUAAAGUUGAAUAAUUUAUCUUUUAAUGAUGAAUAAGUAGUCACCAUACCUAUUUCUUUUGAAUCAAAAAUUUAUAGUGUUUCUACUGAUAUAUUUUACAAUUAACAGAAUAUUUGCUUAAAAAGCUAUAUAAAAAAUGAUAAGGGAUCUCCUUUAUAUGCUUUUGAUAAAGUAUUUAAUUAAAAUUAGAUAUAAAUAGAAUAAAAUAAAUAUCAUUAGUUUUUAUGCUCUCAAAUAGAAUGAUAAGUUAAAGAACGGUAAUUUGAGUAUAGAUCCAUUAACUGGAUUAUUUUAAUUUAAAACAUUAAUUAUUAUCUCUUUAUUCGAAAACAUAAGUUUUAGUAAUUAUUUUGUAGAAAGUUUGAAAUUUCAUAUAAAAGAUCAUUAAGAAGUUAUGAAAAAUUAAGCCCCCUAGAUACUUUAUUUAAUGAAUAAAAUAUCUUAUAAACAAUUAUGUCAUUUUAAUACAACUUUAUUUUAGAAUCAACAGGACAACCUUAAUUAAUUAAAAGAAAUUUUUUAAAAGUAAGUUUAAUUUACUAUGUAGAUAAUUUUAAAAUGAAAUGAGUGAUGAAGAAAAAUAAAAGUAUUUAGAUUAUCCUAAACCAAAAAGUUUACCCUUACUCACAAAAAUUGAGGUUUAAGGAAAUAGAGAAAAUCUUUUAACAAAUUUCAAAUAAGAAUAGAUUUUUGCAUAAGGAGGUUAUGCUGAGAUAAGAAAAGUUAAAUUAGGUAAAUAUAAAUGAUUUGUUUAGGAUAUAAUAUAAUUGAAAAUAAACAAACGUUUACUCGUACUUUGGCAUUAAAAACAGAUAAAGAAGAGAAAAAUUAGAAUAAAGUUGAAUGGGAACUUGAUAUAUUGAAGAAAUUGAGCUAAAUAAACGAAAAAGGAAUAGGAGAAGGAUAUAUUGCUACUAGUUAUUAUGAUGAAAAACUUGAAAAAUGUUAUUUUAUGGAAUUUUACAACAAUGGAUCACUUGAUUAAUUUAUUAGUUCUAAAUCAAUUGUUAUAAGUUUGAGAACAAAAUUAUUUAUUUUGGCUGGAAUAAUAAAUGGAGUAGAUUUUCUUCAUUCAGCAAGAAUUGCUCAUUUAGAUUUAAAAUUGGGAAACAUUUUAAUUCAAAAAUAAUUAAUCCCAAAAAUAUGUGAUUUUGGUGAAGCUAAAAACUUUGAUGAAUUGGAUUAAAAUAAAAACAACUUUUCUCGUACUAUACCUUAUGCAGCACCAGAAUUGUAUAAUGACGAAAAAAUCACUCCAGCAUAUGAUAUCUUUUCUUUUGGCAUACUAAUGUGUAAUUUGAUUUUUGAAAUAUUUCCUUUUGUAAUAAUAAUUAAAUUUAUAAUAGGAUUAUUACCCAAAUGAUUUAUCAAAUCUAGAAUAGAGAUAUAAGGAUAAGACAUAUAAAAUAAAAUAGACUCUAACAAAGCAGAUAAAAACUGGACCAAAAAAAAUAAUGAAAAUGAUACUCUUUCUAAUUAAUUAUUGUCUCUAACCAGAUCCAAAAUUAAGACCAAAACCAAAAUGGAUAUUAUCUAUAAUAUGGAAAAUGAUUAAUUUUAUAGAUAGCUUUUGA